AAAUACGUCAUCCGGGGCGAAUAAUAAAAAACAAAAAACAUUUUUAUUUCUUUUUUAUUUUCCCUCUUCACUAUACCAUAAAAUGAAGUCUGAUUCCCCAUUAUUACAAGAUGCCGAGAUUCCUCUCAGUGCUGCUGAACUCGAGGUACUUCGACGCCAAUACAUCAAGGAAGGAGAAUAUGUGACGAUUCAAACCAAAUUCAAUUAUGCAUGGGGAUUAAUUAAGUCUAGCAAAUCAGACCAUAUUGAACUCGGUAUCAAAUUACUUACAGAAAUCUACACGGACGCACCAGAGAGAAGAAGAGAGUGUCUUUACUUUUUAGCCAUUGGCAAUUUUAAAAUCAAAAAUUACUCAGAAGCAAGACGAUUUAAUGAUCAGUUAUUAAAGCUGGAACCACGUAAUGAUCAAGCAACAAGUUUAAAACAAAUGAUUGAUGAAAAAGUAUCCACAGAGGGUGUCAUUGGAUUAGCUAUUGUCAGUGGUGUUGUAGCUGUAGGUGCUGCACUUGUUGCGGCCGUUGUAAAGCGAUCCAAGUAAUCAUGUAUUCUCAUUCAAUAAUAAAAUAUUAUCUGGUUGUAUUAUUAUUUCAGCGAAGGGAUAAAAAGAAAAACAAAGGAUGGGCGUUAAUUUUGGCUUUAAAAAGAUAUGUGCCUUCUAAUAUUGACAUAUCGCUUACUUGUGAAAUAUAAAAUGAUAUACUAUCUCAAACACACUUAAUAGCCCCCCACACAUUUAUAAUGCACAGAUAAAACAUAAAACUUUUAAUAAUCACUCUCAGGCGUAGUAACAAACGGAUGCUUUGGGCUAGC